CGAGCCCUUCGUUAGUGUUUCCAUUGUUUACCGUUAAGUAAAUUCGGUGAUAAGUAUAAAUAUCGCUUGUCAGAUUAGUCGAACUUAUCACUCGCAUACGCGUCUUCAUACCGAGUACUACUACUAAACACAUCGAUCGUCCUCUCUUAAAAAACAAAAAAAAACAAAAAAAAAAAAAACAUAUCAUCAUGAAAUUUCUUUUAUUUCUUUUAAGUGUUGUUAUUGUAUUAUGUGCCGUAGUACAAGCCGCUGACAAAUCGGCAGAUUGCUCUUUACCAAAGGAAGUCGGUCCUUGCCGUGGUUCAAAAUUAAAUUUCUAUUACGAUAGCGAAGCGAAGACUUGCAAAGAAUUCUUCUAUGGAGGCUGUCAGGGCAACGCUAAUCGUUUCGAUACUCAAGAAGAAUGUCAACAAUUAUGUCAUUAAAGACAUAUUUGUGUUGUAAAAACAUCCGCAUCAACACGAAGUUUUUGUGUGCGCUUUCCCACACAUGCAUAUAUAAUAUAUAUGGUGUUGAUUAUAUUGCGUAAUUGUUUUUGGUUAAGUUUUCAAAUAUAUAAAUAAAAAAUCUGU